CCGUACGACCGUGUCUCGAUCAAAAGUUAUGUCCGAUUUCAAACCUCCAUUUAAUUAUUAAUUUUUAUUAUAUAAUCUCUUUGGUUAUGUAAACCUUAUUUACUGUUUAGUCUGUGAUGAUUCUAGAAUCUAUGAACUUGUGAUAGUGAAACAAAUAAUUGGAGGGAUUUUAAAUGUUAACCUAUUAUUAGAGAUGCCGUUCAUCGACAUAGCAUUUGCAGCAGAAAUCAGCCGGUACGAGGACGCAGAGUUUGAGGAUGUGGCUCGAAGGAACUGUGGGGAGGAUCCGGAGACCAGACACAAGGACAUACAACACCUGCGGGAGAUGAUCAAAGAGCGAGGCGAGUGUAACCCCAGACGACUGGACGACGCCUACCUGCUGCGCUUCCUCAGGUGUCGGAGGUUCAUCCCGGCGCUGGCACACAAAUUGGUCGACUUGGCACCACAAACAGUACCAGUUCACGAGUUGACGCAUGGACCAGCCAUCUUUUCCCUCGCACAAAUUGACCGCAAUUCGCGGAGCGAAAUGAUGGUGCGAUACGAAGACUUCCGUCGCCAGAACGCGUUCUUAUACGAGUGCAGCGCGUUCGGCCUGGAGAGUGUCAGACACGUGUACGCAGGCACGUUGCCCGACAACCCUCUCAACGGUCGCAUCACCCUUAUGAGGUUCGGCCGCUGGGAAUCCGAGCUGGUGCCUAUUGAGGACGUGGUGCGCUGCGCUCUGCUGAUGGACGAGGUGGCAGCCAUGCAGCCCCGGCUGCAGGUCCUGGGCAUCACCAUCGUGGUGGACCUGGAGGGACUGGGCGUGCGACACGUCCGGCAUCUGACGCGGACCGUGGCCUCGCAGAUCGUGGCGCUCAUGGGGGUAUCGUUCCCCAUCAACAUUCACGCGGUACACGUAGUGCGGUACAACUGGUUCCUCAGUACGUUCUUCAAUCUUUUCCAGCAGUUCAUCCCGGAGGCUGCCUGGAAGCGACUCCACUUCCACGGGUACGACAUGGCGUCUCUCCACAAACACAUCAAACCAGAACAUCUCCCGCCAGAGUACGGCGGCAGCUGCCAGCACGUCAUAAGUACCGAGGAGUGGAUUCGCAAAAUUAAUAAGUACAAAGACGAGUUUAUGGUGAAGGAGCUGAGAGCGCUCGGGUUUAAGGUUGAAGAUUAAUGUAUCCUGUAGCUUAUACUCUCCUGGUGUAAAUGGCUACAAUGUGAUGUCACCGUCCAUUACUGUUCGAGAUCACAAAAUGAUUGACUUUAUUUAAUUUAUAGUGUUAUAAUAUAUUGUGACUUAUUAUGACAUUCAAAACUACUCAAGAAAACGUUAAUUUAGAAAUGUUGAGCUAAGUAAGUAAGUCAUAAGUUUUAUUCAAAUCUGUACUAAAUAUUAUGAAAUACAUAUCAAUAUUGUUCAAAAAGUCUAGAUUAAUAAAUUGCAAAAAAAUGCUCAAUUUUUUUGUGAUAUAGUACUAUGUGCUGAUGACACCUCUUUAAUUUUUAAAACUGACAGGUGUAAACAAAGCUAUAGCGAUGUCAACAAUGCGCUAUCUCAAGUAAUGAAUUGGUUCAGCAUAAAUAAUCUUGUACUUAAUCCAAAGAAAACUAAAUGCGUUAAAUUUGCCUUGCCAAAUGUGAAAGACUAUGAAACAAUCAUAAAUAUUAACGACGAGCCCUUAGAAAUUCUUGAUAGUACUGUGAUUCUAGGCGUAACAAUUGAUAAAAAUUGCAAUAGGGACCUCAUAUAACAGCUCUGUCAACAAGGCUUAGUUCAGCUGCUUACGCUGUUCAUAAAAUACGACAACUGACUGAGAAACCGACCGCACGUCUUGUGUAUUAUAGUUAUUUCCAUAGUUUCAUGUCGUAUGGUAUCCUCAUGUGGGGCAAUGCGGCUGAUAUAAACAAUAUAUUUGUGUUACAAAAAAGGGCAAUCCGCUUAAGUUUUCAGUUGGGUUCCAAAGACUCUCUUAGACAGAAAUUUAAAGAAAUGUUUAAAAAUUUAAUGUACUCACAGUAACCUCAUAAUAUAUCUAUUCAAAUAUUAUGUUCGUAUUUAAAAAUAUUAAAAAAUUUGAAAAGGAAAGUGAUGUACAUAAUGUAAAUAUAAGAAGUAAGCAAAAAUUAGUUAAUCCCUGUUUUAGAUUAACAAAAGUGAACAACUCGUUUAUAUAUUUCGGGGAACUGCAUACGAAUUUUUAAUAAAAUUCCUGAUGACGUAACUUGCUUAACGCUAAAUAGAUUUAAAUCUCAUGUUAAAGGUAAACUAAUUGACAAAGCUUAUUAUAAGGUAGUUGAUUAUAUUAAUGACAAGAAUGCUUGGUCUUAAAAAUAUCAUACCUAUAUUGCUCUCAAGUGCCCUUGAUUAGUUUUUAAUAUAUAAAUUAUAUGUUUGACAUUAAUGAGUGUAGUCUGCAUCGAUAUUGUAUAAAUUUUAAUUUAAUUUGUAAUGAAUGACAUUCCUAUAUCUUAUAUAUAAAAUACUCGUGUCACAAUGUUCGUUCCCGUACUCCUCCGAAACGGUUUGACCGAUUCUCAUGAAAUUUUGUGAGCAUAUUGAGUAGGUCUGAGAAUCGGCCAACAUCUAUUUUUCAUACCACACGAAAUUUUUUUAAUUUUUUUGACAUUUUUUUUUAAAUUUGUUUGAUUAUGAGUCAGCAUUAAAAUAUACAUACAAUUUCAACUUCAUUUUCACCCACCUACGAUCAACAGUUACUUUUGUAUCGCGAUUUUAAUAUCGGCAAUACAACGUUUGCUGGGUCAGCUAGUUUUAUAUACAUAUUAUUUGUAUUUUUUUAAUGAUGACGUAUAAAUUAUUAUUGUAAUUAUUUGACGUGAAAAAGUGUAUUUUGAAAUACCUACUUUCAAUAAACUGUUUUGAUUUGA